GUGCUCCCAUGUGGAUCCCUCCCAUGGAUGCCAACACUACUUUGGCCGUCUACAAAGCCUUCCUAUUUAGUUGGGUUUGAGAGAAAUUAAGCACUACGCCAAAGAGAAAUUCAGAGAUGGGUCGGUGGCAUCUUGAGAAUUAUAAGCCUGCAUUGGCUAUGAUGGGUUUACAAUGUAUUUAUGCUGUUCUUGCCAUCUUUAGCCGAGCCGCUUUGGUCCAUGGCAUGAGCCCUAGAGUCUUUGUUGUUUAUAGAAAUGCCAUUGCCACUCUAACCAUGGCCCCUGCUCUUUAUUUCUCAACAAGGAUAAGUGGCAACAGGAUUUUCAUCGGAUUCAGAGGCCUCUCUCUUAUAUUUGUCACUGCUCUUAUUGGAGUAACUGGCAACCAAAAUGCUUAUUUUGAAGGUCUUUAUUUAUCCUCUUCAUCAGCUGCAAGUGCUAUAGUUAAUUUAAUUCCUGCUAUCACUUUCGUUAUGGCAGUCAUUGCAGGAUCGGAGAAAAUAAAAGCAAAAAGUUGGAGAACCGUAGCGAAAAUAGUAGGAACAAUAGUAUGCGUAGGUGGAGCUGCUUCAAUGGCGUUAAUAAAAGGCCCUAAAUUACUAAACCCGCAAAUUUUGCCUAAGAAUAUUAGCUUUCUCAAUAUACUCGGAGCCGUCGAACCCGAACAAGACACGUGGUUUCUUGGCUGUGUUCUUCUCUUUGUCAGCAGUUGUUUCUGGGCAUUCUGGAUCAUCAUGCUGGUUCCAAUUUCAAGACAUUGUCCAGACCCAAUAAUUUCUUGCACAUGGCUGUUAUUCGUUGCCACCAUAUUAUCAGUCUUCUUCACUGUUCUUGUAGAAGACAACACAAAAGUCUGGAAUCUUCCUUCUUUAUUACAAUUCGCUACUUGUAUAUACGCCGGAACAAGCUCAGCACUGUCAUUUUUCGUACAAUCUUGGUGUGUUUCAAAAAGAGGCCCUCUUUUCACUGCUUUAUUCAACCCGCUUUGUACAGUCAUCACAACAUUCGUUUCUUCUUUGUUCUUACACGAACAACUAUACAUGGGAAGCUUAAUGGGUGCUAUCGCAGUGAUAAUUGGUUUAUAUAUUGUGUUAUGGGGUAAAGCUAAAGAUGUUGAUCAAGACAUGAAACGACGACGUGGAGAAGAAGUUGAUGAUAGUUCAGAGAAAAAGGAUAUAGAACAGCCGCUGCUAUGUGAUGAGACAAUCAAAUAUGACAAAUUUUGAGGCCGCAAUUGAGGGAUUGGGAUCUAAUUCAUGAUGGCUAAAUUUUUGUUGCUGUUUUGUUUUGGUGUUGCAAAUUACAAAAUUUUCACCACAUAUUUGUGGGAUCACGAGUUAGGCAGAGGUUUUUGGAAGUAUAUGUAUAAGUCUUAACAAACCUUCUGACAAGUGGUUAAUUAAUAUAGAACAUGUCAUACAUAUAAAAAGCUUCCAAUCCGACUUCAAUCCAACGUGUAUUAUGAUAAACUAGGUCCACCAUACAUCUGACACUUCAAUCCAAAGUAUAUAUAAUUUAAAAUUUAUGUUUGUCUAUAAACAAAAUAAUAAGUUUGGUUGAA